GCGCAGAACGUUCUGCUCAUCUGUCAGAUUGGACUACUUAGCUCAGUGUACUUGGCUAGUGGACUUGCAUCACGAUGUAUAGUAAAAUGUACUAUACAAGGCGCAAUAGCUAGUGGACUGCUGCUGCUACAGACAGUGCCCAGGUGCACACUUAAGAGUGGAAAGACUCAGUAUCCGCGCAUAUACAUGUACAACUUUCUUCGUGCGUAAAUAUAGAUAUACAGUUAACGGCUCGUGGCGGCUCAUGGUUGAUUCGCUUCCGUUGUGGCUGGCCGUUGAUUCGCCUCGACACUCAUCAGCCAUCGUCUUCUCGUCAAUUUACUCCAGAAAAAAAGUCGCGCAAAAAGCAUGAGUGCACUGGAUCGCCCAACAAACAACUAUUUAUGGCGAAAUCUCAAGUUGGACUCGACAAGGCCGGCCAUAAUGGAAAGCCUAGAAAGCUUGUCAUUUUGCAAUCGUGACGAGAAUACUUCCAUUAACAAUUCUUCCUUCCAAAGCAAUCUUACGCAGCACAGCUUCAAUCCAAUGCAUUCCGAACAAAGCUCCAAACUCAUGAAACUCAGCGAUAUUUUACAAAGUUUUUUACUCAUUGAUGGUAACGAAUACCUCAAGGUAUCAAGCGCCGAACAAUUCAUUCAAAAGCUCCAGUGCGCCGCUAAUGAUCUCAAAGUUAAAGUAGUCUCGAUAUUCGGCAACACAGGCGACGGCAAAAGUCAUACAUUGAAUCAAACAUUUUUCGGCGGUGCCGAAGUUUUUCGUACGUCUUCCGAGCAAAGUUCCUGCACCCUGGGUGUUUGGGCAGCUUUUGAUCCUCAUCUGAACGUAGUUUGUCUCGAUACCGAGGGUUUGCUCGGCAUCACUGAUCAUGAAAAUGCUCGAACUAGACUACUUCUCAAGGUUCUCGCCGUUUCGGACAUAGUAAUUUAUAGAACAAGAUCCGAACGUUUGCACAAAGAUCUGUUCACAUUUUUGGGAGCGGCUUCUAGAGCCUACAGUCACUACUUCCAGGCAGCUUUACAGGCUGUAAGUCUACGAGAAGGCAUAGCAAAUGCUGUCAAUACUCUUGGUCCGAGUGUAAUUAUUUUUCACGAGACACGACACACUCGUCCUUUGAAAAGCAAUGCUAACGAGAGCGCAGAAGAUAUUUUACGUGAAAGAUUUGCUCAAACAAAAUUAGAGAUCGAAGCAUUCAGUUCAAUCAAGUACGUAGGCGUUCAGACGAUCAAUCCACCCACGGAGUACGAACCAUUGAGGUUGGCCGUUCAAAAUGAACUGAUGAAUACAACGGUUCGCUCAGCAAGAAAGCCCCAUUUGGUUUAUCACACAUUGAAAACCCUCAAUGACAAGUUUUCCGGUGAAAUCGAAAAUACAUCUACCAUAUUGUUUCCCGAUCAGUAUUUUACCUGCCCAGUGAAAUGUUUCAGUUGUGGGUGCAGGUGCCAAAACAGUAUGGGCCAUGUACGCGAGGGCAAACCUCAUGCCAACGAUGGCAGAUGUAAAUAUCAACAUCAGUACGAAAAUCUAGUGUACGUUUGCAAGAAAUGUCAUUCCAACGGUAACGAAGUUAUUGUAACCAGUCGCAUUCAAACACAAAACGAUAACAGUUGGUAUGGAUUAGCCAAAUAUGCAUGGUCGGGUUACGUUAUCGAGUGUCCUCACUGCGGCGAAAUUUAUCGCAGUCGGCAGCACUGGUUCGGCAAUAAAAGCCCAGAAGAUUCGGCCGUAAGAAGUGAAAUCACACACGUUUGGAGUUUGACGAGCCCAACAUCGCAAAACACAGCACAAAGAGUCGUCGAUGGAGUUUCGUAUAUCACGGAAGCUGUUACGAGUGUUUCCUUACAACCGACCAAAGCUCUUACGGCUUGGGUGACGGAUCAGAUAGCACCAACCUACUGGAAGCCGAACAACGAAAUUCACCAGUGUCACAAAUGUAAAAAACCAUUUCUACCGACUGACUCGAAGCAUCAUUGCCGAUCUUGCGGUGAGGGAUUUUGCGCACCAUGCUCGUCCAACAGUCGUUGCGUACCGGAACGAAAUUGGUUCACGCCGGUACGCGUUUGUGACGACUGUUACGAUCCUGACGCCAAUGCCAAUUCUACAGAGAAAAUCGAAGAAGUACCGGUUCGUGAUGUAACUCAAGACGUCAGCGUGAGAAAAGUGUCGGAGCAUGUAGUUUCUACCUUCAGCGCAGUCGGAUCGGUUUUGACUUACUCCAAGUCACUCAUCAAAGAUACGGCUAGACCUAGCUAUUGGAUACCCGAUUCAGAAGUCGAAUAUUGCUGUGUUUGCGAGGAAACUUUUAAUGAUCUUCUUCCGCUGCAUCACUGCAGGGAUUGUGGACGAGGUGUGUGCGAGGACUGCUCAAAAAAUCGUAAACGCGUGCCACGUCGUGGGUGGGAUAACCCUGUGCGAGUCUGCGAUGCAUGUGUUAAGAUCGACUAGCAUUGGGAUUUUUUCGGGCUGAAUAGGUGAUACGAUUACUCAGAUGAUUUGUUUUGUUUCUUGUAAGUUGUUUCGGUUGUACUAUGAUUUUAAUUUCUUUUUGAAACAUCGCUGUUUCUAUUUUAUUGAUUUACUUGUAACCGGUAUAAUGUAAUUACUAAGUUCUUUGUUUAAAUCUCGAAUAAGACCGAUUCAACUUUGAAAUUUGUAAUGUAUAAUAUCCGAUUGUUUUAUGAAAGCAUUUACAUUCAAAGUGUUCUUUUCUAUUUAUUAGAAAUUUGUUAGUAGCUAUUAUAUAUAUAAAAUAUAUAUAAUGAAAUAUAUAUAAUGAUAUAUUCAGGUAUCUUAAACUUGUACACUCAAUUGUAGGUGUAAAAGAAACUUAUCCGAUUAGUUUCUCAUUUAUACAAUAGCUCUGUAGAUUAUUUUUUAAUUAUAAAAAAUAUAACAGAGAACACACGAAAUUAAUAUGAAAAAUAAAUGAAAUAUAUUUUUUCACAAACUGUAAUUUACUGUAUAUUGUAUUUUUAUGUGCAAUGAACUAUCGUUAAAUGUUUCCACAUUUAAAUAUCUGGUGUGAUAGAAUUAUCACUUAGAUUAAAAUUAAUAACUAAGCUCAGAUCUGUAUUUAUGUACCUAAUAAUAGCUUAGUAUUGUAUUAGUUGUGUACAUUGUAGACCAAAGUUUUCGAACGAUUAGUUAAAUAUAUAGCAAUCGCAAUUCACAUGUAGUCGACUAGUAUUAAUUAAAAACAAUGUUUUAAAAUGAAUAUUAGGAAAAAUUAGUAUUUAAAAUAUAUUACUAUGCUUAAAAUGUCAACUUAAGAUCUAAAUUAUUAGAAUAAAUAGUAAUUGUUUGUGAACCCUUUAUAGAUAUGAAUAAUAAGGUAGUCUACAUAAGUACUUCAUAAAUCAUCUAUAUGAAAAAAGGAAAUCAUAAUUCAAUCUGAGCUAAAUGCUGACUGAGUCAAAAGAGCAAAUAUGUUUCAAAAACUAGGCUGUGAAAAAAUGCAAUGAUAUUGAAAAAGUAACGUAGCGUACAAAUGAUAACCACUGACUUAAGUACCAUUUCAAUGAUAAUUACAAAAAAGUUUUUCAAAAUUAUCUUUGUUUUGGUUGUCAUUAAAAGUUGAAAAUACAAUUCAAACAAAAUUAAGUAUAAGAAUUAGUAUUACAAUCAUUUUGAGAUCAAUUGUCUUUCAUAAUGAAAAAUAAAUUCUUGUCAUAAAAAA